AUGGAACGAGAUCGACACGUACAUACAUCGAUUAUCAGUAGGGUCAGUGAUGCAGUGAAUCAAUCGAUUCCCGAUGACACUGUGCCGCUUCCAAUAUCUCAAACUUCAGACAAUGACAAUCCGCCGACAACAAUAUUAAGUUCUAUUUUAAAAUCAACAACUUCAUUGAGACAUACUGUAAGUCUUCCAGUUGGUCAAGUGGUUCGACAACAAUUCAAAGAAUUAUAUAAUGAACCCAUAUCAAAACAACAUGAAGAUCACUUUCGUGCCUAUUUUAACGAUGAUAUUCGUUCCAAAACAUUUACUAUCGAUAAAUUUGGUGAUCUGUUUCAAAUAAAAGCCAUGCUCAGUCGACGACUACUAAUGGUAUUUAAUAUAAAUUUAACAAAUGAGGCAAAUCUUAUAUCAGGUCUAGAUAUUCUUCGAAUAGCUCGUGUUUUAUGGAGUUCAUCUAUGUCAGUGAAAUCAUUUAUCCUAUUCAAAUUAUUCGAUGAUAAUAAUGAUGAUCUAAUAAGUAUAGAAGAGAUUCGUUUAUUUUAUCAAAAUUAUACAUCGGAGUUUAAAAUAUUUCGAGACCAACAACAUCAGAAAGAAGUUAUUGACAUAUUUUUAAAGGAAUUUUUUCCAAUAAAUGAUGAUGCUAUUCAACAACGAGAAUUAAAUUUUGAUGGAUUUUAUAAGAUUCUUCAACGAAAUCCUAAUGCAUUGCAAUCUCUUUAUCUUAUUAGUGUACCUGAUCAAGAUAGAGAAGAAGAGAAUGAGUUAAUGUGGUAUCAACGAUUUUGGUCAUAUAUAGUAAAUAAUGCAAAUCGUCUUGUAUUUCUUGGCAUCUAUAUAUUAAUCACAAUAGGUUUGAUUAUUUAUGUAUCUCUUUAUCGUAUUUAUAUUCUUAAAAAUAAUACUGUAUGGCAAAUCAUUGCUCAUGUUGGUGGUACAUUAGUUAAUUACAAUUAUGCAGUUGCCGUAACUCUUAUGUUAAAACAAAUAAUGUCAGUGUUAAGAAGAAUACAUUGUCUGACUUUAAUUAUUCCCAUUGAUGAUCAUAUUGAUGCACAUCGUCUUGUUGGUACAGCAUUAUUUGUAUCAGCUAUAAUACAUAGUCUUGGUCAUUGUAUCCAUUUUGCUACACAUACUGAAGUAAAUUCAUGGAGUCAAUCUAUGUUUACAACUGCUGCAGGAAUAGGAUGGGUUGCUCAUUCAGCUACAAUUACAGGUGAUAUUCUAUUUCUACUUCUUCUGAUUAUGUUCAUUUGUUCAUUACAAUUCAUUCGACAACGAACUGGUUUUUAUCUUUUAUUUCAAUAUACUCAUUAUUUAUUUUGGCCAAUGUUUAUUCUUCUUAUAAUUCAUGCACCAAGCUUUUGGAAAUGGGCUAUUGGACCGACGACUCUUCUUUUCUUCGAAAAAAUUUACUUAUUAAAACGAUAUUUACCACAACAUGGUCGAACUAAAUUGAAAUCAGUUCGAAUUGAAAAUGACAAUAUUUUAACAUUAAUUAUUGAAAGACCACAACGCUUUAAAUUUCGUACAGGCAACUAUAUUAAUAUAUGUUUUCCAAAGAUUGCAAAGAUGGAAUGGCAUCCAUUUACAAUCUCAAGUUCACCUAAACGAAAAGAUAUUCGAAUAAGUAUUAUGAAGAAAAAAAAUUGGACAAAAAAAGUUUAUGAUUAUUUUUAUGGAUGUUUAACAAAACGUGCUUAUCUCACUGCAAUUACCAUUGAUGGAGCUGAUAAUCAUUCCAAUGAUAAUUUAAGAAAUAUAUUAUUAUCAAAAGAAAUUACAUUUUUAGCGAAUGAUCCAGAUGCUGACAUUUGGAUUGAAGGACCAUUUAGUACUUGUACAUCACAUGUAUUUAAUAGUGAACAUGUAGUUUUAAUAGGUGCUGGUAUAGGAGUAACACCUUCUAUAAGUGCUUUAGAUAGUUUAACUCAACGUGUACAAAAUCAUCGAUGUGUAUGUGUUAGUUGUAAUGCUAACAGUUAUAAUUAUACACAAAUAUCAAAGCAACAACCUAAGAAAGUGGACUUUUUUUGGAUUAAUCGUGAAAUUGAAACUUUCUCAUGCUUUCGUGAUAUUCUUGAAGAAAUAGAAAAUGCACAAGAAAAUUAUUUAAAUAUUAUGGCUGCUACAAGAAAUAAUUCUACAGAACCAACAUCAAGAUAUCUAGAUAUGCAUCUGUAUUGUACAUCAUUACGACCGAAUAAAAAAGCAACAUUAGAAGCUCUUCCAUAUGAUCUUGUUGCUAAUAUCUAUGCAGGUAUGCAACAGUAUGAUAUACAUACAGGAUUGAAAACACCAACACAUGUUGGACGACCUCCGUGGAAAGUUUUAUUUUCAAAAUUCAAAGCAGAACAUAAAUCAACAAGCGUUUUUCUGACAGGAAAUACGCUCCUGGCUAGUCAAGUAAAAAGAUGCUGUGAUGAGUUAGGAUUUGCUUUUCGUCAUGAACCUGGUUUUUAG